GCUCCGCCCACUCUUUCACAAACGAAUUUGGCGCCAGAGUUUCAACCCUGCGUUAUAAACCAGAGAGUUUUUAAUUGAAUAUAUAAUUGCGGGGAAGUGUUGACGAUUUUAUGUCCUCUAUUUAAGAUGUUUGUAACAGACAUUAGAAAGGAAUUUUAUGAUGUUGUUGUUAAUCAGAGAGUGGCCCUUCUCGUGUCCUCGGACAUCGACGCGCUGUGUGCGUGUAAAAUCUUGCAGGCUUUGUUCCACUGCGAUCAGGUGCAGUACACACUGGUACCUGUGACAGGAUGGCAGGACCUCGGUACAGCUUUUCUGGAGCAUAAGGAACAGUACAGGUAUUUUGUGCUGAUUAAUUGUGGGGCAAAUGUGGACCUGUUGGAGACUCUCCAGCCUGAUGAAGACUCCGUGUUCUUCAUCUGUGAUACCCACAGACCUGUUGAUGUGGUGAAUGUUUACAAUGACACACAGAUCAAACUGCUAAUUAAACAAGAUGAUGACCUUGGUGUGCCCUCCUAUGAUGACAUUUUCCGUGAUGAUGAGGAUGAAGACAGCGAUGGAGGGGAUUCUGGGAAUGAGAGUGAUGGUGGCUCAGAGCCAUCUGGGAAACGGCGGCGUUUUGAUGAGGGGGCAUUGGAGCGGAGAAUUGAGCGUCAGCGAGCAAGGAGAGAGUGGGAGGCUCGACGGAGGGAUAUCCUGUUUGAUUAUGAGCAGUAUGAGUACCAUGGCACUUCAGCAGCAAUGGUUAUGUUUGAGCUGGCCUGGGUUAUGACCAAAGAUACCAGAGACAUGCUGUGGUGGAGCAUCAUUGGUCUGACUGAUCAGUGGGUUCAUGAAAAAAUCACACAUAUCAAGUAUGUAACGGACAUUGCUACUCUGCAAAGGCAUGUGUCUCGCCAUAACCAUCGCAAUGAGGAUGAAGAUAACUCUGUCUCUAUUGACUGCAUGAGGAUCACUUUUGAAUACGACUUGAGAUUGGCUUUGUACCAGCACUGGUCACUGUAUGAGAGCAUCUGCAACUCCUGUUACACCUCCUGCAGUUUUAAACUCUGGUCUAUCAAUGGGCAGAAGAAACUACAGGAGUUCCUGGCAGACAUGGGCCUCCCACUCAAACAGGUACGACAGAAGUUUAGCUCCAUGGACAUGUCAAUCAAAGAGAACCUUCGUGAGGUCAUUGAGGAAUCCUCCAACAAAUUUGGAAUGAAGGACAUCCGUGUCCAGACAUUUGGCGUGCAUUUCGGCUUUAAGAAUCGUUUCUUGGCGAGUGAUGUGGUACAUGCUACUGCAGCCCUGCUGGAGAAUGUGGAGAAGGAUGAGACUGCUACAGACAACUUCAUCAAAGCUCUGGAUUGCCUCUCACGGAGUAACAUAGAAAGGUUGCAUUUGGGAAUUGAUCUUGCUAAGAAAAAGCUGAAGGCUAUUCAGCAGACAGUCGCCAGCUGCAUCUGUACUAAUCUCAUUCUAUCACAAGGACCCUUUCUUUACUGUCAUUUACUGGAGGGAACUCCAGAUGUAAAGCUGUUUUCCAAGCCUUUGGCCCUGACUCUGCUCUGUAAAUACCUGCUCAAGGCCUUUGUCUGCUCUACUCGGAAUAAGCGCUGCAAGCUGUUGCCACUCAUUAUGGCUGCUCCUAUGGAUGUGGAGAAGGGUACCGUCAUUGUCUUAGGCAUUCCACCAGAAUCGGAGACCUCUAACAAGAAAAAUUUCUUCGGCAGGGCCUUUGAGAAAGCCGCUGAAAGUACAAGCUCCAGGACGCUGCACGAUCACUUUGACACUUCAAUUAUUGAGUUGAAGAUGGAAGACAAAGGAAAGUUUCUUGAUGCCCUCAUUACCCUGCUGUCUUAAUGCUUCGCUCCAUGCAUCAAGCAUCCCUUAAAUAUCACACACCAACAGAACAUUGAGAACUAGGCUACGAUAUGUCCUCUCGCCUGACUUGGUCUCUUGUGUGGGAAAAUUCUCUGUGAAUGGAA